UGCUCUUUGGUAAAUUGUUAUAUGUCCGAACUUCCUACCUAUUUUGUCAAUACUACGUCCUUAAUUCGUAAUUAUGCAAACUGACGAGCUUUCCAGUAUUUAUAAUCUUAUUAUGUCUUUUCUACUUGAUCUUCCUGAUUUUUACGCUUGGUAAUUUUAUUUGCUUAACCUUUGACCGGAAAUAAUUCUGGAACUUUCUCACACAUUUAAUAUAAAUACACAAAUGUACAGCCCAGUUGACGAAAAGAAAAUUAUUUAAUGAUGCACACACCAAUAUUGAGUUUACUACGGAACAUGAAAGUGACGGAAAGUUCCACCACUUCCUCGACAUUGCCAUGCAAUGCCUAGAAGACGGUAGUCUCCAGAAGUCAAUUUAUCGAAAGCCUACUUGGAAAGGAAAAUACUUACAUUUUAAUAGCUUUUGUCCAAAUAGCUUUAAAUGCAGACUAGUCAAGACUCUGUACUAUAAUAGAGCAAGGAGAAUAUGCUCUAUAGAGAAAUUAGAGGAAGAAUUUGAGUUUCUUGAAAAGAUAUUGAAGAGCAAUGGGUACCCUCAAAGGUUCAUCAGCAAGUAUGGAAGAUUUGAAGUCACAAAUGUAAAACAAAUCACAGUGGGUAAAAAGCCAAUCUGCAUUCAGCUUGAUUAUAAAGGUGAAAAUAUUGCAGCGAUGAUCAACAGAAGGUUGAGUACAUCACUAGUCAGAGGCUAUCCUGCAGCUAAGGUCGUUCUUUGGUGCGAUCAAAAACCGAUAGAUAUCCUUCUCCUAUUAACUCCAACUGUGUAUAUACAAAUUUACAUGUAUCUGCGGGAGUAGUUACAUUUGAAGGACAGAAAGAAGGGUAUAUCAACGAUUUUCUGAACAUGAACCAAAAAGCUUAUGUCUAAAGGGAACAAAUGCUUUA